AUGCUUCCCACUUACAUCCCAGUUCAGAAAGUCGAGGGCAACAAUGGCAUUGCCUAUGUCUACCGCCGUCUAGGUCCGGCGAAGGGUAUCCCUCUUGUACUGCACAUAAAUGUGCGAGCCUCUAUGGGCUACUGGGACCCUGUCUUCAUACGCCCGCUUCUGUCGAGGCGCCCUGUCAUCAUGUUUGACCCGCCCGCAAUUGGACAGAACAGUGGCGACACUCAGCGUACAGCGUCCGAAAGUAGGCGUGACCUUGUCUCUAUCGCUGAGGGAGCUGCAAGCUGA